AGCGUGAGUGCUGUCAAUCCCACGGACUCGUUUUGAAGCAGAAUAAUAUCUUUCAUUCAAAAAUAUCAUCCGUGAGAAGAUAAUUUAUUUUUUUUUUUAGUUUUAGAUUAUUAUCAAACUUUUAACCAACUUUGCGGAUCAUGAGAGGAGAUACAGCUACGGAGAAUGAAGUGGAGGCGGAUGAUCAUGGAGCGAGUGCAGCGGCACCAGAAGCUGCAUUAGGGGAAAGACGACCUAGUUUUGCGGCGCUGCAAAAUAUGAUGAGGAAAGUUUCCCGUAGCCCUUUCCAUAAUCAAUACCAGACACUUGUUUCAUCACCCUCUGAGUCCAGUGGAUCGUCUGCAAAUGACUCUCAAAACAAACAGUUACAUUUGUGUGGUCGUCAGGAUGGUGAGUUCCUCGUUGGUCUCUCAGCUGCUGCAGACGACCACCAGCUACACCAAGAACGGAAUGGAGGGCAGGAACUGCUCCAUUUAAAUCCCCAGAAUUCACCUCUGGAUCUUGAGCCUGAAUUGAGGGAGAAUGGAGCAGAACUUUCUGAACCUCCAAAGGACCUAUUCCAGACCCUUACCCCCAACCCAAUGCAAGGCGGCCUCCAGACACCGUCAUUGGCCCAGGAUGCUUCUGCCAGUGGCCACUUUGUGGACAUCACCCUGAACUCACCAGACUUAUUUACAACACAGAACCUCUCCAAAACCCCUGACCUGUUUAAAGAUGAAGGGGUAAAUCCUUUCCGGGCUGCUAAAGGAGAGGAUUUAUUCCGUGCUGCUAGGCAGGCGAACCAACUCGAUGAAUCUCCAAGUGGUUUUGUAGACCCAUUUGUAUCUCCUCUAAGUAAGGACGAUCCGUUCAAGUCUCCAAAGCCAAUGAUGGCGAACUCAGUGGACAAUGCCACGACCAAGGAUUUGUUUCAAGCUCUUCCGACAAAAAAUGAGGAACUCCUCCACAAGGAAAACAAAAAUGAUCCCUUUAAAGAGGACCCUUUUGGUACAUCUUUUUCAAAGCAAAAUCUGGAUGAAUUUUCUUCCUCAUCCACCUUUGACCCAUUCCCAAGCCCACUUGCAAGAAAUUUAUUCCAAGAUGUUUCCAGUUUGGAUGACCCAUUUGGCAAUACGCCCUCAAGACAAUACAACCCCUUCCAUGACGUUUCACCAGAGACUCCUGACAUCUUCCAACCACUUCCCUCAAAGUCUAACGGCAUGGAUAUAUUUGGGAUAACCCCUAACAAUACUGCAUCUAAGGCCACAUACUCUACACCUUUACUCAACAGCCCACCAGAAGUGAAGGUGGACACGCUAUCGUUGCCAGAUCUCUUCAAGGCAACGCCAUCAGAAUCUCAUCCAGCCAUCCCACCCAAGUUGCCCGACAAGCCCAGUGAUAUUUUCUUGACGACUCCUCAGGAAACCAAACAUAUUCUUGAGCCAACUCCUUUUACUCGAGCCAGGAAUCUGUCCAUGUUACCCAGCCAUUCAGCUAAGAUGACACAUGUGCAGACCUUCAAACGUCCGCCAAAGCCACUUCCUCGAACUAGACCACCAAGGCCAGACAAGCCGCUCAGGCCGGAAAAGCCACCAAAACCAGAGAGACCACCCCCACCAGCAAACCCUAUUGACCCUGAACCACCUGUACCAAAAAUCUCUCCUAAACCAGCCCCCAGACCACUCCCAAAACCAGUCAUUCCCACCAAACCCAAAACUCCGGAAAGUAAACCAGUGGAGCCUGAGAACUAUACUGUCUUUGAGGACAUCCUGCUUAUUGGACAGGAAAAGUGUGUUGAGGACUGGCCUGACGACAGCCCUGAGCUUAGCCCCAACUUCAAACCCUCUGGAACGUUAAGACUACGCCGAGAAUCACUGAAAAAAAAGUCGGACUCUGAUGGAGGAAGUGGCGAGGAUCAGGAUGGCUCUGGGGGUCACGGCAAGAGAAAGGACAGAAAGUUCAGAUUGUCCAUGGUCUCUAGAAGAGGGUCGAAGGAGAAGUUUCCUGAUGAUACAAAAGAGGGGAAGAACAGGACACUACCUACACCUCGCAAAACAUCAAAGGAGUUUUCUUCAGACAUGCACAUGUCUGAAGAGGAGAAUGAAGAUGAAGAGCAGAAUGGGCUGGACUACAAAAAGAAGCCUUUGAAGACUAAAGUCAAUCAGCUGCUCAGAAGAGCAUCCGCUUCCUCCUUUGUGCCAGAGAGAAAACACAGUAAUGGACAUUUACCUCAAGAAUCAAAGGACGAUGGCAUCAGUAAGAAAAGCAUCAGCAAGAAAGACUCCAUCGUACGCAGAUGGUCAGAGGGGACAGUUUUGGAUGGCAGCACCGGUGAGGAGGAGGAGGAUGGAGAAACCCAGUAUGACGGCCAUGGACUUAAGAAAAAAAAGAAGGUAAAAAUCAGUUUUGUGCCUCAAAGAGGAUUUGCCAUCACUGUAGAAAAGGGAGCCCACGGAUAUACACCUCGCAAAAACUCAAAGGAGAAAUCACAAGAUGAAUUUUUGGGUGCACAUGGCUACACACCUCGUAAGAAGUCCCAGGAUGAUGCUUUUGAGGACGUAGAGGAGAUGAGUCUAAAGUCAACGAGCAAGGCUGCUUUCAUGGAGGACGAGCACUUCGAAAAAGCACGCCACGCGUCCGCUGGAUUAAAUGAUGAUGAAGAUCCACGUGGAAUGGAAGACUGCAAACCUAAAAAAACAAUAAAGUCAAAACUGCUGCAUAUGGGGCGUCGCAGCUCGAAGGAGGACAUACUGGAUGAUGGCAGUCAUCAGAAAAAGAAGAGCAGCUUCUCGGCAGACGAGUUAGACGACGAAGACUGCAAAGCGAAAACAUCCAAACAUAAAGUCCCAAUUCCCAUCCCACGCAAAUCUAAGACGGCUAACGGACCAAGUGAACCGAUUGGAUUCAGCCACCACACACCUCAGCAAGCAUGCGAUGAUCCCUUUGCCGAGGAUGAUUUCACCGAAACAGGAAAAGAUUUCAUGAAACCUGGAGAGAUGUAUGACAGCGAAGAAGAUGAAGUGGAUACCUGCAAACCGAAGAAGCAGUCUAAACUUAAAGGCCUCAAAAAACACAAAGCUAAGAACAAAGCCACGCAGCAAGAGUUUGAGGAUCCACCAGGAGCUGCGUCUAGUGACUUCCUGUCAGAGGCCGCCAAAGCGGAGUGGCUGGCUGCUCAGAAUGACGAGCACGCGAUGGCAGGUCUGGAGUAUGAUAGCGGGGACGGGGACACUGACAGUUUGAUGGAGUGGUGGAACACUGUGGAGCAAUGGGAUGAGGUGCCGUCAGACGAUGAGGAAAAAGUCCUGAAAGAGGACGAGUCUAAGUCAUUCACCAUCCUGGCGGAUAAGGUCAAUCGGGGCCUGCGCGUCUUCAACAAAGUCUUCACAGAGCGAGCAGAGGUCCUCUGGCAGUCCGUCAUCACGCUCCACGCCAUCGCCGAUGACAUCAACAAUUUCCACCACAAGGCCAAGAUUGCCGGCAUCACUGGCGGCACCACCACAGCCGUGGGUGGUGUGACGGCCAUCGCCGGUUUGGCUCUGGCACCUUUCACCUUUGGUGCCUCUCUGGUGAUUACAGCUGUUGGUGUGGGCGUGGCGACGGCCGGAGGAAUCACUUCAGCCUCCGCGGCCAUCUCGGACAACGUUAACAACAUGCAGGACCGGAAGAAGGUGGAGUUGGUACUGGACGACUAUGAGGCCGACCUGAGGGCCAUCGGGAAGAUCCUCCACUUUGUCAAUCAGGGCUUGUACAAACUCCGCGGCCACCCUUUCCUCAGGUCCGGCACCCAGCACUACUCUGAGGACUGGGAGAUCCGCAGGUCGGUGCAGAUGAUCAGCAUGGUGGACUCGCCCGUGAUGCGGGGCACGGAGAUAACGGACGCGGCGAUCGCCUCGGUCCAAGGACUCUUCAAAGGCAUGGACAAGUACUUCAUCAAGGAGUCCCGAGAGCUGAAGAAAGGCUGCAAGAAGGAGGUGGUGGCUCAAAUAAAGGAGGUGGCAAAUGUGCUGAAUGAUUUGGUCGUGGAGCUCAACGCCAUCAGAGAGGAGCUGCAAGAUGCGACUGGAUUCGUGUGAGCAACAGCCUGCGUGAUAAAGCAGCACCAGCCCCACCUCCUGGCCAAAUGAGGGAACUGUUGGUUUAAAGGAAGUCGUCCACCCAGUUGGUCAGUACCUCUUUUUAAGUUAAUAACAUGACAAUGACAUUAAUUUAAGGACCUUUUUAAGUAGUUUAAAAAUGGCAGGAAAUUAUAUGAAGUUUAUACAGUAAAUAAAAUAUUCCAGUAAAUCAUUAGACUGCUGCAAAAUACGCAACCACUGUGAAGCUAAAAAAAGGUCUUUCUUUAUGUUGUGGUUUUGACAGAGAGAUGUUAUUUAAUUUUGGUAACAUCUGAGGCUUUAGUUUUGUCUUGUUGUAUUUGUAUUACACAGUGUGAUGUUUACUGUGCCCACAGGGGGAGCGUCAAAAUAACAGGUACACACCACUCCGAGCACUGUUUGCACUGUUUGUUCUCGGGUUAAAAGCUUUAAAUUUAAUGGUGUUUCAAAAUUUCACUUUGUGGACAUAUAAGGUGUAAAGGCUCACUUAUGUAUUUUUAAAUCUGGACCCUAUUUUCUCUUUUUUUUUUAAUGUUUUGGUGGCUCGGUGGCACCUGGGGCAGUCGUGCACCAUCAGUUUACAUCCACUAAAAGUGCUUUUUUUUUUUUUUGCGACUGACGGGCUCAGAUUGUUAUUAGAAGUCUCUUCAGACAUUAUGGAAAUGAUCCCAACAGAGAAAGACCUUGUUGUUAAACCGUAAGAUCCUUUUUAUUCAAUCAGAAACGGCCCCAAAAUCACCCUCGCCAAACCCACCAGACUCCAUGUAAAUAAACUGUGAUUUUAUCACUAUUUUAACACAUUUUUUCAGGUUCAACAGAAACAAAAUAAAAUUCACAAAAGCCAUCUCGGUUCACCUUUCCAUUGACUCAGCAAUAAACAACUCUGGUUUGACUGAAACCAACCCGAUUUUACCCAGUUAGAUGUGAAAACACGCUGACGUGAUACACUCUAAAAUUACAUUUUUAUUUAAAUGGAGUCUGGUUCUGGUUAAACAAAAUGGAUCUUACUCUUUAUAAAAAGCUCUUAUUUUUAGAGGGAUAAUUUCCAUAAUGAUGUCAGAAACUUAAGAUAAUCUGAACCUGUCAGUGGCAAAAAUAAGCACUUUCAGUGGAUGUAAAUUGAUGGUGCGCGAAUG